GCAAAACUCGAGACGACAUUCAAGUUCCCGACGGUUCUGUCAAGACUCAAGGACUUGUUCGAGACGGCAACACUCGUGUUCAAGUUCCCGACAAUACCGUGAAAGAUCAACCACCUCGUAACGGCAGAACUCAAGAUGGUUCUGUUAAGAAUCAAGGAUCAGUUCGAAACGGUAGCGCUCGAGGCACAGAUCAAGACUCAAUUCUACCUCCAUCUUCUGUCACGUCCAGCAGUGCUAAGUGCUCUAUGACACAAGCUCGACCCUCUGAAAUGAAAUUCCGCGGUUCAGAACGGCAUUCUCAGGUGGCUUCGACUAAUGACACACCAGAAACUACGCGGCAUAAGCCAUCCAGCAAUGUAUGAUUAUUUCUCCCUGUUUCAUUUCUGUAACUUAUCCUGUGAAGCCCGAUGGUCGCCAACCGAAAGUUUGUCAUGAUUGGUUGUGUGGUCGGUGCACACGUUCCGCCUGCCGUUUCCCGCACGAACGUCCCAACGACAACAUAUUGGAGACGACGCGCCGAGAUUUCAACAUUCCAGUAACAAUCUCAGACCACACCAUAGCAAAACUUCGGAACGGUUUUGAAAUACAGGACGUCACUACCGGAUUCGAAACUCGAUGGGUACACAUUGGAGAUGUUUCACCGCACACCACGGAAUCUCAACUCCGCCCUCUCUUGGAAGCAUACGGCACAGUCGACGAGUUGUGCGUUCCGGAUGGAAAGGGCGCCAACCGGCUGACUAUAAGAGCACAAUUUUCAACCGCAACAGAAGCCAUGAACGCUUCGCUGAAACUUCAAGGAUUGCAAUUUCAGGGAAGAAAGCUUACUGCGAAGUUGCCUUUGAACACCACCGCACGUGGUACCACAGUGCUCAGGGAUACCGCUGUCCGUAUCACUUGGAAUGCGCCCCAGCGGCUUGGGUACGCAGGCUACGUAACCCUUAAUGAGGCCAAAGCUGCCAUUGCAGCCGCCACUGGAUUUGUGAUGAAGGGCAACGUUCUCACAGCCGCCUUGUACGAAGGCCUACCCGCAGUCGGUGUUUACAACGUCAUGUUUUCUCACCUUCCUCCCGAUGCGCAGAGAAAAGAUCUGGAGCAGUUCGGCAACGCAGAGUCCAUCGUGUUCGAGCGCCCCAAUUAUGAGUCGCUUGACAGCGCUCGCCAUGCAGUACUUCGCAUGUUGCGCUCAUGCGGCAAUCUGUCCAAUUUCGAUCUAGUUCUUCCUAUCUGGAACGGCACCGUACUCGUUUGGGCAACCUUUGAGACCCAUGCGGACGCCAGCAAUGCCAAGGAUCAUCUGGAUGGCCAACAUCCUCGUGCGAUGGGAGGAAAAAUCUAUAUAUUCGCUCGUCACGUGCAGUCUCUCAAUUUCUCGUUGCCUUUGAGCAAGUUCAAGAUGCUGGAAGGAGACAUCAUUCGCCUUCGGUGGUCGUGGCGGACAAGGUUCAAUCAUGACGUGACCCUUGUUGACCACCUCAUAUCGCCUGAUGGGCCUGUUCACAUCAGAAUUUCUGCGGAAAACCUAAGCAAUCUUGGGAUUGCCAAAGCAGAAUUCGAACAACUUCAACAUGGUGAAGUCGUGACUCUCCAGAAGAAACCCAUAUGGGACAGAUACUUCUCUCAUCCAUCCGGCCAGUCGUUCCUCCGUGAGCUAGAGAGCCUAUAUCCUGGAAUUGGACUACGAACUCGGAUGGGCAAAAUUCUGCUUUUGGGCCCAAUCGAACAGCGUCAGCUUGCAAGACGAGAUAUCAUGACGCGGUUCCAAGAAUUACAGGCGCAACAGCGGUGGCGCAUUCCUCUAUCAGGCAAGGCAGUGGGUCCAUUUGUCGGCACAGGCCUCUUGACCCUUCAGAAAUCCCUCGGUCCUGAGAACUGCUACGUACAGCACCUCUCGAAUCAGCGCAAUCUGGUCAUACGAGGCAACGAGCAGGCUUACCGCAUCGCCUGUGAAGCGGUAGAAAAGGUACAAAGCCGCUAUAUAGACAGCUCCACGCCAUCCCCCCAAUCCGUCUGUCCUGUUUGCUUCACUGAAGCAUCAGUCCCAACCAUUCUCACCUGCGGACACAUUUGGUGCACGUCUUGCCUUGAGAGUUACCUUGUGUCCGCAGUCGAGAAUAAGGCAUUCCCUCUCACCUGCCUUGGCGCUGACGCCUCAUGUACCGAACGCAUCUCUAUCAUUCUCGCCCGAAAGAUCCUAUCUGGUGAGGAUUUCGCCGCGCUGUGUGAAGCCUCAUUCUGGUCAUACGUUCACGCGCGGACGGACGAGUUCCAUCACUGCCCGACACCAGAUUGCGCUCAGGUUUAUCGUGGAGCUCCUGGCAGCAGUACAAUUCUCCAAUGCCCAUCUUGUUUGGUUCGCAUCUGUUCCGGUUGUCAUACAGAGGCUCAUGAUGGGCUCACCUGCGAAGAGCGGGACCGGGCAGAAGACAAAUUGUACCAUGAAUGGGCAGCCACUCAUGAUGUUAAAAACUGCCCUGGCUGCAAGACUCCUAUAGAACGCAGCGAGGGCUGUAACCACAUGACCUGCACUAGAUGCCAAACGCACAUCUGCUGGGAAUGUCUAGCAACGUUCCCCAAGGGGGAUGGAAUCUACGAUCACAUGCGAGAAAAGCAUGGCGGAAUCGGGGUAGAUUUCCUGUGAUCACUCAUUCGUUGACAUGUUUUCUUUCUUUCUUUUUAUUUUCGACCAUAUUUUAUGCCUGCUCUCUAGGCUUGCUUCAGUUUCCAUUUGUUCCACCAUCUGUUGUGCACUGCGAUUUGUACUUGUGUCAAGAUCCUUGUCCCGUCAGUAGUAUUUAUAAUUUUACUUAUACAAUGUAAUCGAUCUGUGUAUGCAUGCUCCGGUGUCCCAUCAAUGACUUGCAACAAGUAUCAGUAAAUUAUUCCUCCCGUCCUCAAUGAUAACUGUAAACGACAAA